CUUAUACAAAACUACAAACACUCUCACAUCAGCCUCCUCUCUCAAACAAGUGGCCCACCAAUCUCUUCUAGACAAGCGCAGCCAUUCUACCCUCCCACUCCAUCAAUAUACACAAACAACCGCAUCCAAAAUGUCCGAACCCGGCCCCGAAUCAAUCCCUACCAGCGCAGACCCGCGCAGCAAACGUCCCACCAAACGCCGCGCCGUGACAGCACUCGACGAACACGCCACGCAAAUCGAGUCGCUUUUCCGCGACCCCACAAAAGAAAUUAAGCUUCCGGACCCCUCCAAGCAACGAACCUCGACAUCGCUACCGCCGCCGCCAGAGAUUGUCGCCAACGUCCAGGGUUCCUCUGCUGGUGCGGGGUCGGGCGAGUUCCAUGUCUACAAGGCGAGUCGGCGGAGGGAGUAUGAGCGGCAGCGACUGAUGCAGAGCGAGGUCGAUAAGGAGAAGGAGGAUAAGGAGUGGGAGCAGAAGCGGGAGGAAGCGCGGAGGAAGGAUGAAGAAAAGACGGAGAAAAAUCGGAAGAAGAGGGAGAAGAGGAAUGCGAAGAAGGGGAAGAAGGGUGGUAGUGGGGGUGGUGCGUCGAAUGGGGGGGAUAAGAUGGCUGUUGACGAGACGGGGAAGAAGGUCGCGGGUGGUGCUGAUGGGGAUAAAUCUGACAGAACUGAGAAUGGGGAUGGCAAUGGUCCUGAGGAGGUUGCUGAAGUGCCCGGAGUGAUUAUUCAUGAUGACUGAGUAGGGAAGAGGGAUAUAUAUACGGACUGCAGAGGAAUUGGGGCCUACAGAGGCUAGAGAAUUGUACGAUAUG